GAAGCGUCUUCGAGUGAGCACGCGGUGCGUCCGGCCUUUGCAACCGGGCAGCGAGAGGGAACAUGGCCAAGAUCAAGGCUCGAGAUCUGCGGGGCAAGAAGAAGGAGGAGCUGCUCAAGCAGCUGGACGACCUGAAGAACGAGCUGUCCCAGCUCCGGGUGGCCAAGGUGACCGGGGGGGCCGCGUCCAAGCUCUCCAAAAUCCGUGUUGUCCGUAAAUCCAUCGCCAGAGUCCUGACCGUGAUCAACCAGACCCAGAAGGAGAACCUGAGGAAGUUCUACAGGGGUAAGAAGUACAAGCCCCUGGACCUGAGACCCAAGAAGACCCGCGCUCUGCGCCGCCGGCUCAACAAGCAUGAGGAGGGUCUGCGGACCAAGAAGCAGCAGAGGAAGGACCUCCUCUACUCCAUCCGCAAAUUUGCAGUCAAAGCUUAGAGAAGCUUUUUCUAUCGAAUAAAAUCUGUGUAAAAGACGA